CCGGUGGCGGGAGCGCCACUUCCGAUCACGGGCGCGUCACUUCCGGCGGCGACUCCUCGUUUCCUCUCCCUGCCAGCAGCGCGCUCGUGGGUGCGGCACGCCUCCAACAUGCGCAUCGAGAAGUGUUACUUCUGUUCCGGGCCCAUCUACCCCGGUCACGGCAUGAUGUUCGUCCGCAACGACUGCAAGGUGUUCAGAUUCUGCAAAUCCAAAUGUCAUAAAAACUUUAAAAAGAAGCGCAAUCCCCGCAAGGUCCGGUGGACGAAAGCGUUCCGGAAAGCAGCCGGCAAAGAGCUGACGGUGGAUAACUCAUUUGAAUUUGAGAAACGUAGAAAUGAACCUGUGAGAUACCAGCGAGAACUGUGGAAUAAAACCGUUGAUGCAAUGAAGAGAGUCGAAGAGAUCAAGCAGAAACGCCAAGCUAAAUUUAUAAUGAACAGGCUGAAGAAAAGCAAGGAGCUGCAGAAAGUGCAGGAUGUCAAGGAGGUCCAGCAGAACAUCCACCUCCUCCAGGCCCCUCUCGUGGGCAAAGGAAAGCAGCUGGAAGACAAGAUGGUGCAGCAGCUGCAGCAGGACGUGGACAUGGAGGAAGUGUCUUAAGCACCUCACUGUCGGUGCCAUUUCUGUGUGAAAAUCUCCUGUGGAUGCUUAGAGCUUGGAAACCCUUGAUCCAUUUGUUACUGAGUCACUCUGGGGAAGGUGGCUGGAGUCGUCCUUUUCUGCACUGUCUGCUGCCCGGCCGGCUGUGCUGCUGGGUUGCCUCUCCCAGCACAGCCUGGUGCAGAUGUGCUCCUGUAAGUGUGAAAGUUCUGUGUGCAAGCACAGAGGUGAAUGGUGGACAUCAGAUGGCCGUGCCCUUUGCACGAUGUCAUAGGCAGUGCUUGUGUAAUGACUGACCACCAGAGCUCAUAACAGUGACACAGGAAAUAAACCUCUUUGCAUUGGA